AUGAAGGACAUGUUUUCUGAGAGCGUACAACAAGCAAGCUUUCCUGUCCUGGUGUUACUUUCCUGCGCUGCUCUGAUGGUGGAGGCAGGCUGCCCACUGGAGUGCUCCUGCCCGCCCGUUCCGCUCUCGUGCCCACCGGGCGUCAGCACAGUCACAGAUGGGUGUGGCUGUUGCAAGGUGUGUGCCCGACAGUUCAACCAGGACUGCGGCCCCAGCCAGCCCUGCGACCACAUCAAGGGCCUACACUGCCACCUAGGGGCCGGGGGGGAUCCGGAGCGUGGGCUGUGUCGAGCUGAAGCACAAGGCCGACCCUGCGAGCUCAAUGGCCGUGUCUACCAGCACGGCGAGGACUUCCAGCCCAGCUGCCAGCACCAGUGCAGCUGCAUGGACGGGGUGGUGGGCUGCAUGCCCCUGUGCCCGCACCAGGUGCCUCUGCCCGACUGGCGCUGCGCCAACCCCCGCCUGGCCAGGCCCCCUGGCGGGUGCUGUGAGGAGUGGUUCUGUGACGACAGUAACCACAUCAGCGAGGACGCGGGGGCGCCUCGCCACAUGCCUGUCCCCAACCGACACCCCGACCCGGCCGGCAAUGAGCUGAUGCUGGCACUCAUGCCCCGAGACACCAGCUCUUCAGCCCCACAAGAGUGGAAGUCCCUGUCUGAAUCUCAGGGGCUGAUCACCUCCAAGUGCUUCCCACAGACCACAGACUGGUCCCCUUGCUCCGCCUCGUGCGGUAUGGGCGUGUCCAGCAGGGUGACCAACAGCAACACAGACUGCCGGCUGGUCAGGGAGACGCGACUGUGCCAGGUCCGGCUGUGCGAGCCUGUGCUGGCCCCUCCCUUCAGGAGAGGGAAGAAAUGCCAGAGGACCGUGAGGCCGGAGAAGGCGAUACGGAUCCGGUUCGCGGGCUGCUCCACGGCGAGGCGGUACCGGCCCCGCACCUGCGGCUCCUGCACGGACGGGCGCUGCUGCACCCCCUCCCUGACCCGCACGGUCAGGCUGCGCUUCCACUGCCCCGCCGGGGAGAGCUUCACCCGCAACGUCAUGUGGAUCCAGCGCUGCUCCUGUAGCGAUGCCUGCCGAGACCAGAGCCCUGCACCCGCGCUGUCCGUCAGCUCGCACAGCGACAUCCACACCUUCGAGCGCUGAGCUCCCUGCUCACCCGUCAUGGGCUGAUUGGACCUGGCCGUGCUCCCAAGAUGCUGGUGUGGCUGUGGGGGGGUGUGGUUAUUUGUGGUUAUUUGGGUUGUGACUUUACCCCACACCCCCACCUUACAGCAAGAGGCCCCCUAACUGCCCCACAUCUCUCCCUUCCAUAUAUGUUCCCUACAUGCCUUUCCCCUCCAAGACAGAAGGGGUCCUCAUCACUCACUCUGCUUAGUUCCCCCUGUCCUCCAGCAGGCUGCCAUUCCAGCUCACACACAGGCCAUUCUCUUGCACUUUAGGUUCCUCGCUGCAUUGCAGUGCCUGGGUGUCCGGAUAUUUGGAAGCACGUACCAUGCAUCCAAUGGACUGUGUCAACCAGGUGCUCCUCCUCAGUUUUUGACAUUGUGGAAGCUCUGCUGGUUUUAUCUCUAACCCUGCAGACUCAUUCAAAAAAGAAAACAUUGUAAUC